AUGUCGUGUUAUAUACCUAGGCUCUACAGGGAGAAAGCAGCCAUCAUCAAGGGCACUUUUUCCGACAAUGGCUGCUCUGCUGAGGCGAAGGCGAAGGCUUGGGGCAGCAUUGUCUCUCGCCUAGCGGCACUCCACCCUGGCUUCAGCAGAUGCAUAAAGCAGUGCCAGAGACGCUGGCAAACUGUUAUGCAGGAAGCAAAAGCUAAAAUUAGUGCCUACCAAAAGGCCAGGAAUGGAACAGGUGGCCUUCCGCCUACACUCGGGGAGCUAGAGGUCAUCAUCGCUGAUGUGCUGGGAGAGGGGAACGUAUCAGUCAAUUCUAUUGACAGGACAGUGGUGGACCCUUUUCCACUUGACACUGAAGAUGUUCCCGAAAAUGGGAGUCUUCAGGUGGAUGUCACACCACCUGUCCCUCCCCAACCCAGCACAGACACACCUCAAACCACCACCACACCACCACCAGUAGUUCCUGCCGCUGCAGCUUCCUCCAGUACACCAGUUGGGACCUGCACCAUGUUGGUGGAUGAGGAGGAGCUGCAGUUCAUCCGCCUGAAGAGGGAACUUGAACUGCAGGCUGCAGAGCUACAAGUAGAAAUUAAACAGGCAGAAUUAAAAAAAACUUAA